AUGGCAGUCAGGCUGUGUGAUGUGGCUUCUCUUCUGAGAAGUGGCUCGUGGGCAGCCGAGCCGUGGACUGGGCAGGUGAUUGCUGCCAUGGAGACGCAGCUGUCCAACGGGCCGAGCUGUACCAGCAGCAACGGCCCCAACAGCGUCUCCAACACCUGCACGUCACCUGUGGAGAUGCCCAACGGCUCAGAGGACAGUAAAACAAACCUGAUCGUCAACUACCUGCCGCAGAACAUGACCCAGGAGGAGCUCAAGAGCCUGUUCGGCAGCAUCGGAGAGAUCGAGUCCUGCAAACUCGUGCGGGACAAAAUUACUGGUCAGAGUCUGGGUUACGGCUUUGUGAACUAUAUGGAGCCCAAAGAUGCAGAGAAGGCCAUCAACACUUUAAAUGGGCUCAGACUGCAGACCAAAACCAUUAAGGUGUCUUAUGCUCGACCGAGCUCAGCCUCCAUCCGAGAUGCUAACCUGUAUGUUAGCGGUCUUCCUAAAACGAUGACCCAGAAAGAGCUGGAGCAGCUCUUCUCUCAGUUCGGACGCAUCAUCACCUCUAGGAUCCUUGUGGAUCAGGUCACAGGUGUGUCCCGAGGGGUGGGCUUCAUCCGAUUUGACCGGCGUGUUGAAGCUGAGGAGGCCAUCAAAGGGCUGAAUGGACAGAAACCUCCAGGUGCCACUGAGCCAAUCACAGUGAAGUUUGCCAACAACCCCAGUCAGAAGAGCAGCCAGGCGCUCCUCUCCCACCUGUACCAGUCACCCAACAGACGCUACCCAGGACCACUGGCCCAGCAGGCCCAGAGAUUUAGGCUGGAUAACCUGUUAAACAUGGCCUAUGGAGUCAAGAGUAGGUUUUCCCCAAUGACCAUCGAUGGGGUCACCAGUCUGGCGGGCAUCAAUCUCCCCGCUCACGCUGGCACAGGCUGGUGCAUUUUUGUGUAUAAUCUGGCACCGGAUGCUGACGAGAACGUCCUCUGGCAGAUGUUUGGCCCGUUUGGCGCUGUGACCAACGUGAAGGUCAUACGAGACUUCAACACUAAUAAAUGCAAAGGAUUUGGCUUUGUGACCAUGACAAAUUACGACGAAGCCGCCGUAGCGAUCGCCAGCUUGAACGGGUAUCGACUCGGAGACCGAGUUUUACAGGUCUCCUUCAAGACAAACAAAACGCACAAGGCCUGAAGGAGUGCUGACGUGCAGCGCUUUGCAAACGUGACUUUGCAAUAAUGACGGGACGCGUAUAUUAUAUUAUUUUCUUUCUUAAAGUACUUUAUUAUUAUUUUUUAAGCAUUUGUUUAAUGAUUUAAGUAGGAUAUAACAGCUGACUGUUUAAGUGUUUGUUUUUGGCGUAUAAUCCUGAAGGCGUGAUGCUGAGAUGGAGAGCGCUGGUGUUCCCGUCUCUCCUCAUGGGCUUCUGCGGUGCAGUCCACUGCAUAAUCUUUGUGCAUGAAUCUUUAGUUAAACCAUUUCAGUUCGCUUU